CUUCUCCCCUCGGGGAAUAAAAGGUUUCAAGGACUACAGCAAGCAUUUGCGGGGCAGGGCUAUCUCCACAUCUUCUAGGCGGAGAAGAAGAAAAGACCUUUUGUGGGAGGCUCCAAGUUAUGGGGCUCCCCCAGCUAGCAGUAAAACCCGGCCUGCGUCCCCACCCCCAGCUCCAUCCCUCCUCCCUGGCCCCGCAGACCGGCUUGGAGGGUGCACAUCCUGCCUCGCUGACUGUGUGUGCUUACAGCGGCAAGGGGUGGACGUGAUAUUUCAAACAUCAGAUCAGUGCGUUUAUAUAUUGGGUGCCCGGAAAUUUUUCCAAAUAAACACAGCUUGAUUCAACUUGGGUGGGCGGACUUAUCAACAGACUAAUUCUAUAAACAAAUGAAGGAAUAGCCCCGAAAACGAUUGGCUGGUAUCAAAAAGACACGUGGAGGGAAAAGCUUGGAGUUUUUCAGCAAUGAAAUUUUAAUUAAUGUGGGUGGGCUGAGAACGUAACGACUGUUUAUCAUAGACAAUUUAUUUUCCAGGGCUAAGUCAACAUAUAAUAGCAAACUUACAACAAUUAUUUAACAUUUUUAAAGCCAUGAAGAAGGGACAGAGCGUGCAGCGGCUGAGGAGAGCGGCAGAGCCCAGGGCAGAGGCACGGAGGGCUCCCCCGGAGGGCCCUCGCGCAGGGCGCUGUCCCUAACCCUCCCGGUCGCCUGGCGCGGUCUGCGUGCCGGCUCCUCGCUCGCCAUGAGCCACCUUUUUGGUUCGCGGCUGCCAACUCUGGCCGCCUCGCCUAUGCUGUAUCUGUACGGCCCGGAGAGACCCGGGCUGCCGCUGGCCUUCGCCCCUGCGGCUGCCCUGGCGGCCUCGGGCCGGGCCGAGCCGCCCCAGAAACCGCCCUACAGUUACAUCGCGCUCAUCGCCAUGGCCAUCCAGGACGCGCCGGAGCAGAGGGUCACGCUGAACGGCAUCUACCAGUUCAUCAUGGACCGCUUCCCCUUCUAUCACGACAAUCGGCAGGGCUGGCAGAACUCCAUCCGCCACAACCUCUCACUCAACGAGUGCUUCGUCAAGGUGCCGCGCGAGAAGGGGCGGCCGGGCAAGGGCAGCUACUGGACGCUGGACCCUCGCUGCCUGGACAUGUUCGAGAACGGCAACUACCGGCGCAGGAAGAGGAAGCCCAAGCCCAGAGCCGGGACCCCGGAGGCCAAGCGGGCCCGCGCGGAGCAGCAGGAGCUCGGCGCCGAGGCGCAGCCGCAGGCGGGGAGCGGGGAGGAGCGCGCGGCCGCCCCGCGCCCCUCGCCCCUCGGGGAAAGCCGCUCGGCGACCGCGCCCCUGCCCUGGCCCGGGCCUGCGUCCCUGGACGAGGACGCCGGCGACGCAGUUCAGGGCGCAGCGGCCGCCGCUGUCAGCCUGGCAGCGCCAGCGCCCGCGCCCGCGCCCGCGCCCGCGCGCACGGUGGCUGGCUCGGGGUCCCCUCCGCGCCCCGCCUCCGGCUCUCCCAAGAGCUCCGACAGGUCCAAGAGCUUCAGCAUCGACAGCAUCCUGGCGGGAAGGCAGGGCCAGAAGCUGGCCGGAGGGAGCGAGGUCCUGGGGGCCGCCAAGCCGGGCCCCGGAGCGCUGGGCUCCGCGCUCUUGGCCACCUCCUCGGGACUCCGGCCGCCUUUCAGCGCCUCCCUUAUGCUGGACCCGCACGUCCAGGGCGGUUUCUACCAGCUGGGGAUCCCUUUCCUCACCUACUUCCCUCUGCAGCUCCCCGACCCGACGCUCCCCUUCCAGUAAGCCAGCGGCGCGCUCCUUCCCUGCCCACGCCUGGAGUCUGUUCAGAGCCUCGCCGGGCGCCCACCGGCUAGGGGAGGGCGCAUGUCUUUCUGCAAAUGAUCUUCGCUGGCUUCACGCGUGGGUUCUGAGCAGCGCUGCUGCGGGCAAGUGGGCGCGCUCCCAGUCUCCUUCGAAGGGGACUUGAUUCCCUACAGCAGGCAGCGGCGGUGGGGACUGCAAGACCCCUUCCUGUGGGCCACUUGGGCGCUGCAAAGGUCCACCGCGGGCACGCCCAGGACCCCCUGAGCUUAGGGGCGCCUGAUGCUGCGAUCUCCAUGUGCCCGCACCGAGGCCCAAAGGGCACCCCGAGAGCAGCACCCAAGGCCCUGGGGUCUUUCCUACCAGGAAGCACGGUGUGACGCUGGGCGCCUGCGUGGUGGGUGCAUCCAGCUCAGUCCCCUCUUCAGGGCAAGGGCCCCAGGGUGGCAUAGGCCCUGGUUAGCAUGUAAGCCCCAGGCUAAGGUGCAGAUCAAGAAAACGCCGAGUAGCUUUUUACACGGAGAAUUUUCCUCUUAAUUUCUUUCUGGACAGUAAAGGAAACACAGGUUAUUCUUUGCCUAAAUACUGGACUCUUUUUCCUUUAAGGACUCGUGGCUGUCUAGCCAGGUGCACUGGUAACCCCUAGUAGGGGCACCCCGGCACCUUUCUCGGUAGCUCCUCAGUACGUAUUCCACGGCAUCUGGACCUGGGUAGCUCAAACCCCAGUUUUUUGCUUUCUCUUUAAGGGAUCAAAAGAUUUCAGGGGUCUUGGGGAGGGUGGGGGGAUGCGGCACAGACAGCCUCAGAGCUCAUUAGCAUGGCUUGUCAAGCUCUAGGUUUGGUUUUGACAGCAUUUUCCAGAAUCCUGUAAUGAAGGACCUCAUUUAGGCCAAAAAAACGAAAACCAAAGCCAGAGUGAGACACGGAAAGCAGUGGCCUGGGUGAAGGUCGGAAAGGGCGGAACUGGCUGUCACUGUGGUGCGGGGAGGACAGGGGAGGGUGCCCCUCCGGGCCUUCUGCAUGCCCAGCCUCCUUCCCAGCCUCUGCAUCCCUGCAGUGUGGGCUGACCUUGGACAGACACCUGGGAGCCUCCUGGGCUAUGGGAGGUCGGUCGGCUAUGGCCUGGGUAAGACAUGGAGAGGCUCCCUGGUCCAGCCAGCAUGAGCAGCCCUGGGAGACGUCCUCCCAGACCCUGGGGGUGUCUCUAGGGGCCAGCUCCUGUGAAUUUGAAGCUUGAGUCCUUGAACCUCGAGGAGCCUUUGCUGAAUCUGCUGUAGGGGAGGCAGAAGUCCUCAGGGCUCUUGGGCCUCCAGGAAGGGUUCAGUCCUUCCCAGGAUGCCCUGAGCCGGUGGGCUUGCUGCUCAGGGUGCUGUAAAGGACGCUCCAGGGGGCAUCAGAGCCUCACACCUUGCAGAAACAGAGGUGGCUUUCUGAGAACUCCUGGACACUUCUGGGAUGGGCUCUGCCCAGGCAGGCAGGGCCACAGGACUUAGGUGAGCUGCAGGGGCCUGGAUUUAGAGGGCUCUGCUGAGCCCCCAGCGGGGCGGUCCGGGUGUGCGGUUCACUUGAAAUGAGGUAGCAGGGCUGUCCCUGGCUGUCCUGUACCCCAGGCUGCAGCCUCCGUGAAUAAAGUUGUUAUGCUUUAACCUCUCA